AGUCCUAUUCAUAUUCUUAUAGUGUGUGGGAAGAGGUGGUUUCCUAUUAAAAUACUUGUCCUGAAAUAAGUACACUAAUUAGGAAACUAAACUAACUCAUUGUCUAUAUAUAUUGUCCACUCCGCCUCUAUUUUCUUCUUCAAACCAUUCUAUUGAUUCCUUUCAAUGACGAAAAUUAGGAACUCUAGUAUUCCCUUAAUUCAGCCUCUACAAAUUCUCCAAUUCCUUCGGAGAAGAGAAAUAACCAAAGACCUUUAGUAGAAAAGAAGAAUGAAUUCGGAGAGAAGACCACCGGCGGUUUCAGUGACGCCGGCGGAAAAUUAGACGAUGGGCUCGCUACCAUCCUGUUAAAACUCGAUUUGCAUUGUGAAGGCGGUGCUAAAAAAGCCAAACGUUCAAUUGGCCGAUUUGAAGCUGUGGAAGACGUAAAGGCGGAUUACAUCAGUGGGAAAUUGACGGUAAAAGGGAAUGUGGAUCCCUUAUGGCUCCGGGAAAUGGUUGAAACCAAGACAAAGAAAGGUGGAGCUCAUUUCUGCUCAACCCAAAAAGGACAGUGGCGGCGGCGGCGACGACGGAGAUAAAAAAUCCGAUGACAAAGUUGAGAAAAAGGCCGAGGAGAAGAAAGGGGAAGAUAAAAAGCCCAAGGAGCCUCAAUUUAACACGGUGGUAUUGAAGAUUCGGCUGCAAUGUGACAGGAAUGCUCAAAAAGCAAAGCGAAUUAUAAAGAAAAUCGAUGAAGAAGAAUGAGAAAGAGGAAGAAGGAGAAGUAGAGUACGAAGGAGGAUGAGGAGAAAUUCCGGCAGAGACCUAUACCGGCUACUUCUAUUAACAUGUACUUAUUACAAAAGUUAAACACGAAGCCUUAAAAAGGCCAUUCGGCGAAAAUACUUGCUUCUUCACUACAAGAUGGGACUAUGUGAUGGAUAUUUGGACGCCUCUCCUAGUUGUAUAAUUGGAUUAGUAGGUACAAUCUAUAGGUCGGGUAUGUUUGGAUUUUGCAAUUACCAAAUCAAACCAAUUGUGUCGGGUUAUUAAAUCUAAAG